CUUGACAGGACAGAGACAGCUGUGAACAACCUCAACCCAGCUUUCGCCAAGAAGUUCAUUGUCGACUACCACUUUGAAGAAGUGCAGAAGCUCAAGUUUGCCCUGUUUGACCAGGACAAGUCGAGCAUGCAGCUGUAUGAGCAUGACUUCCUGGGUGAAUUCUCCUGCACGCUGGGCAUGAUCGUCUCCAGCAAGAAAAUAACAAGGACUCUUCUUUUGGGAAAUGGCAAGCCGGCUGGGAAAGGGAUGAUAACGAUAGCUGCCCAAGAGCUCUCGGAUAACAGGGUGAUCACGCUGAGCAUGGCCGGCAGAAAACUGGAUAAAAAGGACCUGUUUGGAAAGUCAGACCCCUUCUUGGAGUUUUAUAAACCAGGUGAUGAUGGGAAAUGGAUGCUGGUCCACAGAACAGAGGUGAUCAAGUACACGCUGGAUCCCGUCUGGAAGCCGUUCACUGUGCCUUUGGUGUCACUGUGUGAUGGAGAUGUGGAGAAGCUGAUAAAGGUGACGUGUUACGACUACGACAGCGAUGGGGGACACGACUUCAUCGGGGAGUUUCAGACCUCGGUGGCCAGGAUGUGCGAAGCCCAAGAUGCCUUUCCG